AUGUCUGACGGUGUGCGCACCACCCUUGUUCCCAUCUUCGCGCGGCAACUUGGCUCUACCGAUCGUCAAAUCGGCUUUAUUGUUGGCUCUGCGGGCAUAAUUAAAGUUUUCCUUGACAUCCUCUUUGGGUUCGCCACAUCUGUGUACGGGUUCCGCGGGAUCAUGAUGGCCGGCAUGAUGGUGAACGUCCUCGGAAGCCUCAUUGCCGCGUUCGCGCUCACCCCUACUCAUUUGGUCAUUGCGUCUGUAUUGUGGGGAGCAGGAAUAGGCGCGUUCUACGUGGCUCGGCACGUCUUCAUUGCGAAGGCCGUCCCCCGCGACAUUCGGGGACGGCUCAUGUCUAUUCUUGGUGGUGGUUUUCGCUGGUGUUCCUUUUUUGGGCCUGCGUUGGGCGGCGCUCUCAUGGAAGUCGCUGGCUGCCGUGUCGCUGCAUUUUUCCUUGCCCCACUAUGUGCCGUCUGUGCGUACGUGGUCUCGGUGGAUGAGAAGAUAUACGCGGAAGACAACAGAAUGGGAGAGGGUGAAGAAAGGGGUGGCAUUUGUGCAGAGAUUCGGAAUAUGGCCGUCGCGUUCUGGAAGUACUGGGACGUAGUGCUGCGUGUUGGCGGCUACGCAUUUAACAUUGUUUGCCUACGGCAGGCUCGGCGUCUGCUUCUGGCACUCGCGGCGAUGAAUAUGGGCCUUUCUUCUUCGAUGGUUGGCGUGGUGUUGGGGCUGUCGUUCGUCGUGGACGCAUCGCUGUUCUUCCUCGGCGGAUACAUCAUGGACAAGUUUGGUCGCAAGUAUGCGGCUAUACCAACGACGGUGAAUCUGGGAUUUGCCUUCUUUCUUCUAGUUUGGGCGCGCACUCCUUUAUCUCUGAUUCUGGUUGCUCUAUUCUUUGGCUUGGCAGACUCUGUUGGUGCUGGUGUAUUGCUAACGCUUACAGCGGACCACUUGCCGCCUAGUGGUGGUGCCCCAUUCAUGGGGCUUAUGCGGACGGUGCAAGAUGCCGGGCAGGCGGUUGGGCCCGUUGCAUGUGGGUUGAUCAUUGAGUACUUUAGCUUUUCUUCAGCCUGCUGUGUCAUGGGUGGUGUUGGGCUCUUCAACGGUAUGUGGGCUUUUCUGAUGAUUCCUGAGAAGUCUUUGACUCAAGUAGAAGAGGAAGAGGCAGCCGCAAGAGUUGAGGUGGAUGCUGUGACGACUGUUAGUGAAGAGGAAAUGAGAAAAGACAUUUCAGACGCAACAACCCCUGAUGGAGAUUUAUUUUUGUCAGAGGAGUGUUUGCUUGUGGCGACGAGAGAGACGUUGGGAACUGGGCUAAAUUGUACGGAUGAGGAUAGUUAG